UAGAUAGCCGAUUUGUCACAUCUGACAAAAUAAUCUCAUUUUACUAUUGAGUUUAAAUUUAGAAAAGCGUCAAUUUGGACUUUGAGUGCCAACUUGCAACCAUUAUGAAGUUGCGAAUAUUCAUUCUCUGUAUUUUUCUGACUUUUAUUCCAUUUACAGAAACCAAGGGAAAAAGUUCUACUCGUGAGAAACAUGAGUCGAAGAAGACGACUAGCGGAACACAGCCUUUCCACGUGGCAAUAUUUUCAGCAUGCGAUUCUCGAAUUAGCGCAACCAAACCGAUAGUCUACACCCUGUUGAACAAAAUCCCUUCCAUAGUUGAGCAGAAAGUACGUGAGAAGUACCGAGUGACGUAUGUAGUGGGCAGUCAGUGCAAGGAAGUGGCUAGUGAAUUGGGGGCUGACUUCUUCGACACUGGCGUGUGGUACUACCCCAGUCCCAAGACCAGCCACAACGGCUUCCACUUCUUCAACAACCUCACCACUUCAUCUAUUCUAUACUCUUACAACUCUAUGGACUCGCUGAUUCGGCACGACAGACCAGACCUGGUGCUGGCAGAGUGCUUCGGGGUGGGAGCGGCGACUGCAGCUGAAAAUCACGACGUCCCCUUUGCCUACAUUUGGACACCGGCUCUUCCUCACAUCGCCACGUGGAAAUCUGGACACAACUUAACCAUAGGUCUAACGAUGGACUACGUUCCGAAGGAAAGCAGACCCGACUGGUAUUUCAAACUACACACGUAUUUGUUCCACAGCAUCUACAUCUCGUACAUUAACAUCUUCGGGGAACAAGCGAUCGAUCAGUUGCGGCAAAUCAGAGAGGGACUGGGUCUAGAGAUGUUCGACAAUUUCGAACACGCCAUCAAUUCAUAUCCCAGCAUAUCCUUAGGCGGCCAACCAAUGACUCAAAUGAGUGACCAUCCUCCUAACUUAAUGGUCACUGGGAUCCUGCCUUUGCCUACUGACACGUCCGAAGUCCCCACCGACAUCCGAAAGUUCCUCGAAGAAUCCCAGAGGCCAAUUCUAUAUGUAGCACUGGGAACCUUCUUCGCCUACUCGGAUUCGCGGUUCCGAGAAGUCAAAGAAGCUUUGGAGAAUCAAGACAUGUUCAAUGUGAUGUGGUCACACAAGUUUUAUGACGAGGGUAAAUUACCCGUGAAGAACGAGAAGCAGAUGAUUAUCAAAAAACAUAUGCCUCAGAGGCAUAUCCUGAACGACGAGAAAGUCAAAGUCUUCUUCACCCACUGCGGAAUGAGUUCAACAACCGAAGGGGUCACUGCAGGAGUCGCAUUCAUCACCUCACCACAAGGUCGCGACCAAUUCUACAUCGAAGACAUGAUGCGCAGAGCUAACAUGAGCAUCCCUCUCGGAAAAUUUCCAACUCGCGAUUCUGUCUCAAAAGCAGUCCACGACAUGGCUCAAAACAUCGACUUCUACGCUUCAAAUGUCAAGAAAGUUUACCAUAAAUUGCGAAUCGGAUCUGAAGAAAAACUAGAAAAGUUCAUCGACAGUCUUAUCGAAAAAAGACACUCGACUAGGUUUGACGUAAAACAGAGCAAUGUCUGGUCAUACGCGCAUGCACUGACUCUCAUAUUUGGAAUUAUCAUUAGUAUUCUCGCAACUAUGAUAGCCAUUAUCGUAAGCUGUAUUUUUUGCACGCUGAAACUAGUAGCUUUCCUUUUUAAUUCCGAAAAAAAUAAAUUGAAGAGCCUUUGAGCUCAUUUUCAUGACUAAAACAAAAGCUUGAAAUUAUAAGGAUGCCAUUUCAAGUCUUGUUCAGUUUCUCUCAAUCUAAAAGUUGAAAGUUACUUUAUGAAUUAUCUUUAAAUUUUACAGAAACGCGUUAAUAAAAACUACAUCUCAUUAGCAAGCUUUUCUGUACAGUUUUGGCAGGAAAAUUCAUUCUUGGAAGAC